AGCGCGAAAAGUAGCACUAUCGUCAUAGCCGUCAUAGUACCUUCGGUCUUGAUCAUUGUUUUCCUCACGCUGGUCAUCAUGAAUCGUCGUAGAGGCUUCAUUAUACCGAGAUUAGUUGGGCACAACGACGCAGCCGUGAGAGAAGAGCGAAUGAAGAAGCGCCAAAAUGAGCUCGAAAGUAGCAUCAAGACGCAGCAUUUCGACGACUGGCUCGCUGCGCAGAAGGAGAAGAAUCCAGGGUCGUUGCACACAACCGAUCCAGUGUGUGCGAUAUGUCUCGACGAAUUCGCCGAGGAUGCGCAAAUUCGAGGACUGCGGUGCUCUCACGCCUUCCACGCAGCCUGCUUGGACGAGUGGUUUACGAGAUACAACGAGUACUGUCCGUUGUGCCAUGGACCGAUUAUCCCUGGCCGGGCCAGAAGAGGAGGGCGUGAAAGAGCCACUCCGAUCCCCGUAAUCCUGAUGGUGUGA